UAUAAUGCUUCACAAUAAUCCGAAUACAUAAAUGUAACCAUCUCUCUUAGUCUUAAAGUCUAAACAUAGCAACAACAUAAAGAGGACGGACACAGAUUUAUUGACAAACAGGAUAUGGGAGAGUUGUGAGCACUGCUGAACAAUGGAUGAAUUUCAGUUAGAGGCUCUGAGACGGAGCCGAGUCUUUCUGGUGUCCAACGUAAUGCCCGAUUCUCUCUGGGACCACCUGGUUGAAAAUGGUGUCUUCACAGACAUGAUGUUGGAAUAUAUCCAGUGCAAAAAACCCAGAAGUGAGCAGGUCCGAACUAUUCUGUCCGACUUGAACCGCCGUCACCGAGGAGCAUACAAUGCUUUCCUGCAAUGUUUGGAUGAAACAGGUCACGAACACUGUGCUGAACAUAUACGCAACCAUGAAAUGAGGUAUCGUAUUGAGAAAGGACUCCCCCCAGUAAUGCAGGAGACAAGCUCAAGGAGCAGCAGUGUGCAAGCACCUUCAGGGGUGUUUGUUGGUCAGACGGCUCAAGUGGUGAAUACAACGCAUCAGCCUCCCCCUCCACCUCUGCCUUCUUCGCAGCCUCCAUCGCAGCCUGUUGAUGAUGAUGAUGAUGUUGAGAUGAGGUUACUUCAGGAUAAUCCUCAGUCGUACUCAAGUGAACCUCCAUCUAUAGCUCUGCAUGGCUACAGCUACCACAGGCGCUGGAAUACUGAUGACGUUUAUACCAUGGAGAGCACCCCUCGUGGCUAUGUACUUGUCAUCAACAACAAGGAAUUUCACUAUAUGCAAGCCAGAUGUGGAACAGAUAAUGAUGUACGAAAUGUGAAAAUGUUAUUUGAGGGACUGGGAUUUGGAGUCAGUAUCCUGCAUAACUUAACAGCUGAGCUCAUGAGAACGAAGCUGAGAGAAUUUGCGGGAAGUUGUCCAUGGAACCAAGUUGAUUCCUGUGUGGUGGUGAUCCUGACUCAUGGGGGUAAUGACCAACGCAUGUAUGGUGUGGAUGGGAAAUUUGACAAUGACAACUUCAUCACAAACAGAGACCUCUUCAACACAUUUGGUAGUAUCAACUGCCCCAUCCUACAAGGGAAACCGAAGCUGUUUCUGAUACAAGCUUGCCGGGGCACGGAAGAAGAUGGGGGCUGUGUUAGUUUUCACACUAAACGUGGUUCAGUACAAGUAUCAGAAAAGGACAUAACUGGAGAGCAGGGCGAUGCCUUUGGAGAACUAGAAAGGCCUGAUGGACGGUAUUUGGACUUGCAGUCUCUUCCAUCUUUCUCUGACAUGAUCAUUGCUCAAUCCAGCGUAGCAGGGUUUGUGUCAUACAGAAAUACAGAGGAAGGCAGUUACUUCAUAAAUUCAGUGGUGGAAGUGUUCAAAAAGUGUGCCGCCACGUGUGAUAUUCACGACAUGCUCACAAAGGUUAACAGGGUGAUAGCGGAGAACUUCCAGACCCAUGACGGUAAGAAGAUGAUGCCAGCGUCCACAAACCAGCUCCUCAAGAAGUGGUUCCUCAAUCCCAAGUUCCGAUAGGUGCAGAGAUGCCCUAUAUCAUUUGAAAAAAUAUCUUAAGAAGUUGUGUGAUGAUUUUAUUAUCAAAUCCCUGAAAAUAUGUGGUAAUUAAGACUACUUAUUGAGGUUUUGCUGUGAAUAUGAAUAGAUGUGAAAAACAAGAGUACACAUUAGAAUUCAUAUGGUUUCUAUGGUGACAGUGUCUUUCAUUGUCUGUACUUAAGUAAUCAAUCAUAUGCAAGCACAGAUAAUGUUCAAGAAUUACAGAAUUUAUUUGUCAAAAUCUGAAAUUUAGCUGUACAUCUUAAGAGGCCUGUAUAGUGUUAAAGUAUGUUAAAAGGGAAAAAACAUCAAGGUUUCUGGAAAUUCUGUUCUUGCUAUAUUGAUUGAAAAUUUAUAACAAUCUACAAAACCAAAAGAUAUAAUUUUUCAAGCUACAUAAAGGUGAGCUGCUUAAAUAAUAAUAAUAACAGACAUUUUAUAUAGCACCUUUCCAUGCCACAGGGAUAUUCCUAAAGCGCUUCCUGAGCUCAAGUUAAAACUAUAUACAGAUGCCAGGUACAGAUGAGUAAAAGUCACUUGGGAUGAGUGUUGAGCAUGUUUUUAAUGUACCUAGGGAAGGAGAUGAUUUAACUCAAUUGGGAGAGAGUUCCACAGAGAAGCUCGUGGAUAUGAAAAGGUUCUUGGGCCAAAUGAUUUUAGAUUUUAGCUCGGGACAGCGAGUAACAGUCAUUGUGAUGAGCGUAAGGGUCUUUCUGGAGAGUAAUGUGUCAGUAAGUCUUAAAGGUAGGAGGGUCCUGAGUUGUAGAAAGACAGAUACGUGAGGCAGAGAAUUUUGAAGUCAAUACUUUUACGAAUACGGAGCCAGUGUAGAGAGUUCAGGAUUGGAGAGAUGUGACAGCGAGGACUGGUGAGAGUGAUGAUGCUGCAGUACCUCAUGGCCGCAUGUUUGUCAGUGAUCUGAAUAUUUUUCUUCAUCUGUGGAGUUUUAGUGAUUUUCAGGUUUAUGAAAAUAUGUGAAUGCGAACAAGCUUUUGACUCACACUGAGUUUUAUGACAUUGCCUGUGUCAGACUUUUAACAACAAUUACUAUUAAAUGGGGUCUCAGUAAGCAGAUUUCAAUAUCUGACAUUGACAGGUGUUUCACCAAAGUUGAUUUCUCAUGCAAUUUAGGCAAAUACAAUAUAAAUAUGUAUGUCGUUUUAGGUCAAGAAAUUGUGUACGGAUUUCAUAAAAAAUAAGAUAAAUCAUGCUUUUUAA